UCAGUCAGAGUUUAGGACCCAGAGCCCUGUUUUAGGCUUAGGGGAUGUGACAGCUGACUGGAAAUCAAUGAAGUGUGAUUUACAGAGCGUCAUGAUGAGACAAGACGAGGCUCAAAAGGUGCUGCCUUGCCCUGCAGACUCAAUUGUCUGCCUUGAUUUUUAACUAGAUUUUAUAAGUCUCCUACUAGGAUGAGACCGAUUUGCUUAUGAAAACCAAAGAUCAGAUUUAAAGGAAAAGCCACAGUGGUGCCCAUGCUUUGCCUAGUGCUCUUUGCACUGUGUCUGAGCCGCUCAGAUGUGGCUGCCUUCAGUUCAAUUGCUGAAAAUGAGGACGCGCUUCUCAAGCACUUAUUUCAAGGCUAUCAGAAAUGGGUCCGCCCUGUAGAAAACUCCAAUGACACCAUCAAAGUCCUUUUUGGAUUAAAGAUAUCACAGCUUGUGGAUGUAGAUGAGAAGAAUCAGCUGAUGACAACCAACGUGUGGCUGAAGCAGGAAUGGAUCGACCACAAGCUCUCCUGGAAUCCAGAGGAAUAUGGUGGGAUCACUGCCAUCCGUGUCCCAUCUGAGUCCCUGUGGCUUCCUGACAUUGUUUUGUUUGAAAAUGCUGAUGGACGUUUUGAAGGAUCCUUGAUGACGAAAGCCAUAGUGAAGUACAAUGGAGUGGUGACCUGGAUGCCACCGGCCAGUUAUAAGAGCUCCUGCACAAUGGACGUGACCUUCUUCCCCUUUGACAGGCAGAACUGCUCCAUGAAGUUUGGGUCGUGGACAUAUGAUGGCAGUAUGGUGGACUUGAUUUUAGUGGAUGAAAAUGUAGAUAGGAAAGACUUCUUUGAUAAUGGGGAGUGGGAGAUCUUAAAUGCCAAAGGUAUGAAAGGCAACAGGAAGGAUGGGCUGUACUCUUACCCAUUUGUCACUUACUCUUUUGUGUUGAGACGCCUUCCCCUGUUUUACACUCUUUUCUUGAUAAUCCCUUGCCUGGGAUUGUCUUUUCUGACUGUCUUGGUGUUUUACCUGCCUUCAGAUGAAGGAGAAAAGCUUUCAUUGUCUACAUCAGUUCUAGUCUCCCUCACUGUUUUCCUUCUAGUGAUUGAGGAAAUAAUCCCUUCUUCUUCCAAAGUCAUCCCUCUGAUUGGUGAGUAUCUUCUGUUCAUCAUGAUUUUUGUGACCCUCUCUAUCAUUGUGACUGUGUUUGUUAUCAAUGUCCACCACCGCUCAUCAGCAACUUACCAUCCCAUGGCCCCCUGGGUUAAAAGACUCUUCCUCCAAAAGUUGCCUCGGCUGCUCUGCAUGAAGGGCCAUGUAGAUCGUUACUCCUUCUCAGAGACUGAAGAAAAGGAAACCACCUUGAAAUCAAAGCUCCCAGGGAAGCAGAAACACAAGCAAGCAAAAGAUGGAGAGAAAAUUGUUAUUGCCUUCCUGGAAAAGGCAGCUGACUCCAUUCGAUACAUUUCCAGGCAUGUCAAAAAGGAGCAUUUCAUCAGACAGGUUGUCCAAGACUGGAAAUUUGUAGCUCAAGUCCUGGAUCGCAUCUUCCUAUGGCUAUUUCUGGUGGUGUCAGUGACAGGUUCCGUUCUUAUCUUUACUCCUGCGUUACGGAUGUGGCUGAACAGCACCUUGUAGAAAAUGCUCCCACAGUAGCAUACAAGUACAAUGCCAAGAGGUGGUGGUGCCUUGGAGCUUGGUCCCUACGGUACAGGAUGGAAAGCAACAGCAAGAACAAGGGAGGGCGAUGGUAGCAGUGGGCACUGACUAGUGCUUUCUGUCUUCAUAUGACUUUACCAGUUACACAUUUGGCUGAGAUCGGAGAAGGGCUUGGUGCACAGCUGAGUCCUAAAGUAAAUUGUGGUUGCACAAUUGGGUUGUUAAGUAUUUUACGAGCAGCUUGGUUAUAUUACAAUAAAAGCCAAGAUUAUUAGUUACAAUUGGAAAUAGAACUUCUGGCACAAAGUUUAUACUGAAAAGACAGAUCUGUCAGUUAAAAUGCUACUUUAUCAAAGAUGUUGUAGUACUAACCCAAAUCAGUACUCAGUUUAUCUACAUUUCCAGGUGAAAACCACGAAGGCACUACAGAUUGCUUUGUGUAUGUGUCAGAACUGGCAAUUGCACAGCAUGUGCACAGAAAAAGUACAAAUACCUUUUAGAAAGGGGUGUUCAAAACCUUGACUCUGUGACCUCAUCUAGCUGCAGGAUCCGCUCAACAGUGGAAGAAUUGACUGCUCUGCCCGCCUCCUACCAGCCUUUAUGGCAUGCACACUUUUUCUCUCCUCUUGGCCAUCAGGAAGCUACAUACCCACUUUUCAAUAUUAUUUGCAAUUUUGCCUGCUGCUUUGUAAUGUACCAAAAGGCUGAACAAGUAAGGAUUUUCCCCAUGCUCCACAUUUAGAAAUUAUGAUUCCUGCACCUGCUUGUUCACAAGGCAAGUGGAAGAUCACCUGAAGCAUAUUGCAUGGAGAAAGCUGGCUAUGCUACUUCAUAAGGCAGUAGGAACCUUCCUAAACAAGUUCAGCUGGAGGGAAGCUGCAGACAGUGCUUUCAGGAAAUGAAACUUGGUGCACAAGUGGAGUGAGUUUCUCCUGUGGUGGGCUGGCUACCAGGGAGAUACAUUUUUGGGUUUUGACUUCAUGUUUCCCGUGUAAUCCAGAAUAUAAUUCCUUUAAUUCAUUUAAACAGGAUACUUCUGCAUGUUUACAGACAGCUUUUAAGAGUAUAAAUGAGAUCUAAUGGAAAACACAGGUGAAGCUCUUACCACUUUUGCUGAGGAAGAGAUUUGCCAACAUGGAGUGUUUUAGAAAAUCCCAUUCAGAAUUUUCAGAUGUUUUCAAGGCUAGAAAAGGAUUUGGAGACCCAAAUCUUGACAAAGUGUGAAUCAGGUGUUAAAGGUGUUAAAGACUUAGCUAGCCUUGAAACUUUCUCCCUAGGGAUGGAGAUUAGAAGGUGUUAAAAAUACAUGGCAGUAUUCUUGUGCUUGGAUUAUGUAUGCACACCAGACCUCUGUGAGUAAAUAUCAUCCCAUCUC